UAAUUCCUCUGUAGAUUAAUUUACUCACAAGCGAAAACCUUUGUAUUCUUAAGCCUGGCUCACGACAGAGCCCAUGGCAAGAAGAAAUUACUCAAAGAAACUGUGAAGUACAGUACUCAGUUGUGGUGAGCUUUUGGCUAAGCUGUUCAAGCCAAAAUGGCUGUGGAAUCCAGAGCAGUUUCAACCCUGGUACCUCAGAAUCCUCAGGAACAAGAACUAAUACUAGUGAAAGUAGAAGAAAGCUUUUCCUGGGGUCAGAAGUUUAAGCAGAGUGCGAGUACCCGAUCCUGCCAAGAAUUGUUUCGCCAGCAAUUCAGGAAGUUUUGCUACCAGGAGACACCUGGACCCCGGGAAGCUCUGGGCAGACUCCAGGAGCUUUGCUAUCAGUGGCUCAUGCCAGAGUUGCACACGAAGGAGCAGAUCCUGGAACUGCUGGUGCUGGAGCAGUUCCUGAGCAUCCUGCCUGAGGAGCUGCAGAUCUGGGUUCAGCAACAUAGCCCAACAAGCGGCGAGGAAGCUGUGACCCUAUUGGAAGAUUUGGAGAGGGAAUUUGAUGAUCCAGGGCAGCAGGGACCAGCAGUGCCAUGGAAGGAUCUGACAUGUCUUGGAACAUCCCAAGAGUUAACAGACAUCCCACUCCAACCUUUAAAGACACAGCUGAAACCCUGGGAACCUUGCCUUUCCCCCAAAAGUGAUUGUGAGAACAGUGAAACAGCAACAAAGAAGGACAUUUCAGGAGAAAAGUCACAAGGACUUCGCCAAGAACCUUCAUCUGGAGGAAUUAGUGAACCUGAAAGCAAUUUAGAGUGGCAACAAGGAAAUGCUACAGGGGAUAAGUUAAGAAGAUCCCCUUCCCAAGGGGACAGCUUUAGUCAAGUAAUCUUCACACACAAAUCUCUGGGAAAGAGAGACCAUCAUGAGCCUCAAAGCAGCUUGAUUCUAAGUACAAACUCUAUAACUUAUCAGAAAGUUCCUACAGAAGAGAGACCUUAUAGAUGUGAUGUAUGUGGGCACAGCUUCAAGCAGCAUUCCUCUCUAACACAACAUCAGAGAAUCCAUACUGGAGAAAAGCCCUAUAAAUGUAACCAGUGUGGAAAGGCUUUUAGUUUGAGGUCAUAUCUUAUUAUUCACCAGAGAAUUCACAGCGGUGAGAAGGCAUAUGAAUGUAGUGAAUGUGGGAAAGCCUUCAAUCAGAGCUCAGCCCUCAUUAGACAUCGCAAAAUUCAUACUGGUGAGAAAGCUUGUAAAUGUAACGAAUGUGGCAAAGCAUUCAGUCAAAGUUCAUAUCUCAUUAUACAUCAAAGAAUUCACACUGGCGAGAAACCCUAUGAGUGUAAUGAGUGUGGGAAAACCUUUAGCCAAAGCUCAAAGCUUAUUAGACACCAGCGAAUUCAUACAGGAGAGAGACCUUAUGAAUGUAAUGAAUGUGGAAAAGCUUUCAGGCAGAGUUCAGAACUGAUAACUCAUCAGAGAAUACAUAGUGGGGAGAAACCCUAUGAAUGUAAUGAGUGUGGAAAAGCUUUCAGUCUGAGCUCAAACCUCAUCAGACAUCAGAGAAUUCAUAGUGGAGAGGAACCUUAUCAGUGUAAUGAAUGUGGCAAAACUUUCAAAAGGAGCUCAGCCCUUGUUCAGCAUCAGAGAAUCCAUUCUGGGGAUGAAGCUUAUAUAUGUAAUGAAUGUGGGAAGGCUUUCAGGCACAGAUCAGUCCUCAUGCGCCAUCAGAGAGUCCACACUGUAAAGUAACUUGUGAAUACAAGGAAUGUUGUAAA